CACAAUCACGUGACCGGUCCGCAGCGUGACGUGCCAUCAGCUGACUGCAGGCAGCAGAGGAAGAAGAAGUCAGAUCGUCGUCGACCUUCAUCCCGGUGAAUCUCUGCGCUGUUUCCUCCGUCUGUGAUCCGACAUGGCGAGUCAGUCUCAGGGCAUCCAGCAGCUGCUGCAGGCCGAGAAGAGAGCCGCGGAGAAGGUCGCCGAGGCCCGCAAACGUAAGAACCGUCGUCUGAAGCAGGCGAAGGAAGAAGCUCAAGCUGAGAUCGAACAGUAUCGACUGCAGAGAGAAAAAGAGUUCAAGACCAAAGAGGCUGCUGCCCUCGGUUCCCAUGGCAACAGUGCGGUGGAGGUGGACCGUGACACGGCCGAGCGGAUGGGUCGCAUCCAGGCCAGUUACCGUGGCAACCGGGAGACGGUGCUGGGUGACCUGCUGAGGCGCGUCUGCGACAUCCAGCCGGAGUUUCACGCCAACUACCGCGUAGCCGGCUGAGGGGGCGGAGCCAAGACGGAGGAGACGUGAACGUUAGCAUCGUUAGCAUUGUUAGCUUGGAUCGCAGCCAGAACGCUGGAUUUGAGUUUCUGUGACGUUAUUAAAACGUUGCCACGUCGUUACUGUGUUGAUGUUUACUGAAUAUUUAUAUUUAUCACAAUUAAUCAAUUAAUUUGUUUUAUUUUGUUAGUUUCUUUGUUUAAGUCCUCCAAACUAUUUCCUGACCCUAACAAAGUAAAAGUCUUUCUUCACUGAUUAAAAUCAAAUUAAAUUAAAACAUCUGAACUUAAAGCUGAUUGGCUGUUUGUCCUCUGCACUCUCCUCCAAUCAGGGGUCAGGACUCUUCUCUGCUCUCACCUGAUUGGCUGCAGAAAGUGAAAAAGCUUUUAUUGUGAAAGUCCAUUUCCACAGUGUUUUGUUGUUGCUGUUUCCUGUGACCAUGUGACUUCCUGCUGAUGUUUGUGAUGACUUCCUGUUGAUGUUUGUGACGUGAUGCUGAUGAGGAAACAGAAAAUAUUAAACUGACUGUUGAUUGGCUGAAA